AGCCGGUGCAUACUGGGACAUGAUAAUAACCACAAUGACGGGAUAUCGACCGACUUUUUUUGUUUUCACACAGAUAUGUUUAUUUUUAUCGGUUAUACUUCAUACGUGUCGCGUUUUUGCCAAAGAACUGACGUGGGAUGAGAACGGCUACAUUCUCUACUGUCCGUGCAUGGGACGUUUUGGAAACCAGGCAGAUCAUUUCUUGGGAUCACUGGCAUUUGCAAAGAUGUUGAACCGCACCUUAGCAGUCCCUCCCUGGAUUGUGUACCGACACCACACACCCCCUUACACCAAUGUCCAUGUUCCCUACAAUGAGUUCUUCAAGCUGGAAGCCUUAUCUGCCUACCACCGUGUGCUGAGUUUGGAGGAUUUCAUGAAGCAUCUGGCUCCCAAAUACUGGCCCGAAGGACAGAGGAAUGCCUAUUGCUUUGAGACUGCUGCACAGCGAAGUCCAGACAAAAAAUCUUGCCCCAUGAAGGAUGGGAAUCCAUUUGGUCCGUUCUGGAACUACGCUGGUGUGGAAUUUGACAAAUCUGUCUUGUUUGGGGGCAUUUCAUUUAGUUCUUACCACCAGCCUCAGUGGAUAAAAAAGUUCCCUCCCUCUGAGCACCCUGUCCUUGCCAUGCCUGGGGCUCCUGCCCAAUUCCCAGUGAUUGAGGAACAUGUUGGUCUGCAGCGGUUCAUCAUAUGGUCAGACGAGAUGGUAAAAGAAGGAGAAGAACAUAUUUCAUCUCUGCUACUCAGGCCGUAUGUUGGUAUUCACCUGAGGAUCGGCGUGGACUGGCAAAAUGCCUGCAAAAUGCUAAAGAGUGGAGAUGUGGGGUCUCACUUCAUGGCAUCUCCACAGUGUGUUGGCUACAACCGUCAAACAGCACUGCCUCUCACAAUGACCAUGUGCCUUCCUGAUCUGUCAGAGAUCCGCAGAGCUGUCAGGCUGUGGGUGAAGAGGACCUCUGCUCGCUCUGUGUACAUCGCCACAGACUCCGAAUCACACAGCAAGGAUAUUGAAAAGCUCUUCAAAGGCAAGGUGAAGGUUGUGUGUCUCAAGCCAGACUCGGCCCUGAUGGAUCUAUACAUCUUAGGCCAGGCCGACCACGUCAUUGGCAACUGUGUGUCUUCCUUUUCAGCCUUUGUAAAGAGACAGCGGGACGUCCAUGGUCUUCCAUCGUCUUUUUUUGGCAUGGACACGCCUGGAAAAUCAAAUCAUAAAGACGAACUUUGAAAUGGCAUAUGAUUGUAUUGUGGAAGCUGAUGAUGAUGUGCUGUCACGUGGAGGCAUGCCGUGGGUGAUGAUAUGGAAGACUUUGGCAUCAUGUAAAAGCAAGAUAUAGGAUUUAAGGUUUCUGGCAUGGCACAGGUUCAACUUUGUAGUUGGUGUUAAGCUGUGAAAUGAUGAAUGUAGGUGGUCUUUGCAGAAUGUUUCUGUGGUAUGUCCUCACUUUUACUAUGAAGAAAGAAUUUU